AAUCUGCUGUGUCUAUCAAACGAACUGGGCUUGUCAAAAGUGUGAGACAUGCCUAUAUAAAGAGGUGUGAUUGGUUGUUCGGAGAAUCACGUGUUCCUCCCUGUUGCCCUCUGGUGGUAAACCCUUGAAGGUCCACCUUGGAUAAGAGAGUUCAAAACUUUGUCUCCAUUUAGUCUGUUUGUUGCUGUUAAUCUUGAGGGACUCGCUACAAUAACAUUUAAGAACCUUUGCUCUCAUGGACUUGCAAGCUUAAAAAGAAGGCCCCUCCUCCUCCCUGUGUGAAGUGGCCUCCCCUUAAGCUUUGGCAGACAAAAUGGCCGCCUUGAAUUGGCCUUUCCAGAUUGUUCUACAACAGGGAGUGAACUCUGGCAUGAAAAUCGUGGGGCCACCCCAAGUGAGGCCUCCUGAAGAGGAAAGCAUGAUCCCUCGUCUCACCCAGGUGGGGACUAUAGGGGAGUUUCUAGGCUGUGUGGCCCCCCAGAAGUUGACUCAAGGACCCGAGGAAGGGUUGGCCCAGUGCUGGGAAGCCCAGUGGCAGGAGGUCUUGAAGGCUGUGCAGCCCCUUUCUCCUGGGCAGGAAACCCCACAGCAGUCGAAAACUUUGGCAUCGGACAACACAAGGACCUCAUCUGAGGUAAUCUCCAAUAACGGCCAGUGGCCUGGAGGGAAAGGAAGUACCCAGCUCCUAGUGGAGGACGACGGAGGCGACCUGCAGGCCUUGAGCAAUCCGUGCAAUGGAGGAAACGGGACAGGGAUCGAAGAGACAAUGAGAAAGGAGGCCCUCGAUGCAGAGACGCAGCGGCAGCGCUUCCGGCAACUGAACUACCGGGAGGCUGAGGGACCCCGCGUGGUCUGCGGGCGACUCCAGGAGCUUUGCCACCAAUGGCUGAGGCCCGAGAGGCACACCAAAGAGCAGAUUCUGGAGCUGGUGAUCCUGGAGCAGUUUCUGGCCAUCCUGCCUCAUGAAAUCCAGAGCUGGCUCAGGGGCUGCUGCCCUCAGGCUUCUUCUCAUGCGGUAGUCCUAGCAGAGGAUUUCCUGAGGGGCCAGCAGCAAGAGACCAAGAUGAUGGCUCCCUCUGAGGAUGAUAUGAUUAUGGUCUCCUCCGACACAGAGCAGUCUCCAUUGAGCUCCGGACGGAGAUAUUUCUGUGGGGACACUCAGCUGGAGGACUGGCAGGAUUCCAAUUUACCAGGGAAAGACAGAUGCCUGCAUGUUUAUCCCAUUACACCAGGCGAGGGAUCUCUGAACGGGAAUAAUUUGGGUCCUUCUCAGCAGGGAGGUUCUGAGUUGCCGGUGCCAGCUGGGAUACUCCCGGGACAGUCCGGGUGUCUUGAAAGCCGUGGCGGGCCUCAGCAGGAGCAUGGGACAGAGCCGCCUCCGACUUGGGAGGAAAUCACCCGCUGCAGCGAAGGGGUGUACGAGACCGUGGUCUGUUUGGAAGAGCACAAGCACUGGUGCCUCGAAUGCGGCGAAAGCUUCCCGGACGCUUCGCGGCUCGUCGAGCACCAGAAGACGCACCCGCCUUCCAAGCGGCCGGAGUGCCCGAAAUGCGGGAAGAGCUUCCGAGACCUUUCACACGUCAUUCGGCACCAGACGGUCCACACGGGAGAGAAGCCGCACGGCUGUCUCGAGUGUGGGCAAAGCUUCACCCAGAGACCAGCUCUCUUGAGACACCAGCAGAAACAUCAGGAAGGUUUUGAGAAUGACACUCCACGCCAGAGGAGCCACGCCAAUUGCAAACGCUCCCAGUGCCAGGAGUGUGGGAAGAGCUUCCGAGACUUAUCUCACGUCCUCCGGCACCAGACGGUCCACACGGGCGAGAAACCGUACAGGUGCACGGAGUGCGGACAAGCCUUUACUCAAAAACCGGCCCUCAACAGGCAUCGGCAAAAACAUCUGGAAUCCCAGCCCUAUACAGGAAGCAAUGGGGAACUGUGUGGGUAUCAAGAGAGCGCAUGCUUCAACCCAGUGGGAUCGGCACAGAGGCUGUCCGGAACGUCCCAAGAGAACGCCUCAAGUACUUUUACGAACAGGAGCAAAGGAGAGCAUCCGCCUAUGAAGAAAUAUCACAGGGACCUCACACCCAGGCCAGAAGGCAACAAACCCUUGAAAAAGAAGCUAAACCGCCGGGGACAAAAGAACCACUGGUGUAUCCUGUGUGGGAAAGGCUUCCGGGACAAAGCAGACGUCGUUCGGCACCAGCGAGUCCACACGGGCGAAAAACCCUACGCGUGCCUGGACUGCGGGAGGCGGUUCAGUACCACCUCAACCUUAUACAAGCAUCAGAUAAUCCACAAGCGACCAGAUCUGGAGGCAGCCGCUUAAUCCGUGGAUGAAACGACCUCGCAGGAGGUCCAGAAGGAAAUGGACCAGGGGGCUGAGGGGCAUGGGUCUCGAAAAAGGGUUGCGUGUGCGAAUGGGGAGAAACAUUAGGGAGCCAAGGGAUAAACGGGGUUCUUGACGCUUGGACACAGCAAUUCAAAAUUCUUGUCUCCAGUUUAGUCCUCUGGAAAUAACACGGAUAAAGAUUCUUAACUAUUGAAAAUAGAUUAUAUAAAUUUAUUAUUAUUAUUAUUAUAUUAUUAUUAUUACAGACAGUAGCACUGGAUAGGGGAGACCUUCCCUUGAUUCCCCCAACUACAAAUUCCUUUCCCAUCUUAAA